UCCACAUUUUGAUAACCACUCGCCUUGCAUUUGCCUUCUCGCAUAUUAAAUUUAUUUAGAAUACUGUUGAGAAAAGUGCACACGUUAAAUUAUGCUCGUUUUUCAUACAUAUACAUAUUAAAGUUACAGGCCGUUUAUUGGCAUUUAAGUACAGUGAGACCAGCAAAAGAGGCAAACAUCGCUGAUUGCGCAUCUUUCUUUGUUGUUGCGCUCAAAAAACACAUGUGCGCCGUGGAAGAAGAAGAACAAUAACAUAUCGAAGAAUUUUUGCAUCGUCAUCGGGGAUGUCGCAUCUGGACAACAUCUUCAUCCAUGUGCGGGCACGCCUCCAAAACGAGGGCGUAAAGCUCUGGGAGGAACCGUACUACUCGGAGGAUCUCGGCAGCAUUGAGGGCGCCCUGGAGAACCUGGCCAAGGAGUACUCCCGCUUUCUGGGCUUCGAUUUGAGCCGCUGCAAGUUUAUUUUGACGGAGCUGCAGGAGAAUGCACUGCGUAAGCUGGCCGCCCGCCGUGAGUUCUCCGCUACCGGAAUGGCCACGUUCAAGGUUCGUCGGAUUGACAACCGCAGCGGUACCACCAACAUGCUGGACAUCAAGUGUGACCUGAAUUGCCUGGGCUCCGAUCUGCAAGCGGCUAUAGCCGAGAAACUCCAGCUGCCGGAUCGGAACCACGUAAAGUGUAUCGCUGCCGGGAGGAUGGUGGCCGCCAAUGCCACUCUGGCUGCUCAACAGCUGAAGAACAACCAGCAGUUGAUUGUGAUCGUGGGCGAUGGGAAUAAUCGCAGUGAAGCCCUCUACGAAAGGAUCAAUCGGGUCAAGGCCGAUGUGGAGGCUGUGGUGUCCUCGCAAAAUCGUCUCGUUGAGAUGGAGGACCAGAAUGGCAGCCCCGUCUUUCUGCCGCCCGCCGAGAAUCGGGCCCUGCUCAUCGGUUUGGGAUUCUGCGAGAAAGCGCGGGCGGCCAUGCUGCGCGAGGAUUUCGAAGAGGCUCUGCUCCUGCUCCUGGAGGCCGAUGAGUCCUUUGCCACCUGCGAUUCGCAGUUCCUCGAGUCGGUGGAUAACUAUGCCCUGCUCAACCUGGACAUAGUGUGGUGCUAUCUCUGCCUGAAGAACGUGACCCAGCUGCCGGAUGCCGAGCGACGUCUGGCCGUCUGCGGUCGCAAUUUCCGUCGCAGCUAUGGCGAGAGUUUCGAGAGGCUGUAUUCGCUGAAGGGCAAGGCCUGCCCCGAAAGAGCCUUGAUCUUGCGCCUGCAGCUGCUCCAGGGCGUGGUGAUGUUCCACCAGAACCGUCGUGAUGAGGCCUUCGAGCGUUUCGAAGCGGCCAACAUGCUGCUGAGGGAGCUCAAGGUCAACGCCGAUCAACUGGCUCUUCUCGUGGAGAUGGGCUUCGAGGAGAGGGAGGCUCGGCUGGCUCUGCGCUCCUGCCAGGGCAACGGCAACGUGGAGCAAGCGGUGCAGUUCAUUCAGGAGCGUCGUCAGCAGCUCAAGGAUGCCCGCAAGCAAUCGAAGGCGGAGCGGGCUCUGCAGCGCCGUUUGAUGCGCUCCAAUGCCAACGAAAGCGACUGGGUUAAUCCCCGCAGUGUCUGCACCCUCACCGAAAUGGGAUUCGAGAGGGGACUGGCUACUCUAGCCUUGCAGCGUUCCAAAAACGAUGUACCCAAAGCGGUGGAACUGCUGCAGACCGAGUCCGAAGAGCUGCGUGCCGCUUUGCCCCAGACGCGUGCAUCUGCCGACACGGCGAAGUUGGAUCAUCUCCUCCAGCUGGGAUUCAACGAGGACAAUGUUCGCGUGGCCCUCGAGAACUCAUCGAAUGACAUUGAGCGGGCCAUCGAAUGCCUGCUGCGCGCAUUUCAGAGCGAAGAUGAGCUAAAGCAGACAAUGGAGCGUGUUAGCCGUAUGAUUGGCGCUAAAGGCCAGGAUUUGGAUGGUCCGUCCACUUCGAGUGCAUCCAACCAGGCGCAGUUGGCUCCUCCGUCACCCAUCAUCGAUGCGGUUUUGAAACGUGCACGCUCCGAAAUUGAGACCUACAAGGCAUAUGAGCGGUUCAACUCCGACCUCAGCCAGAAUGAUAUGGACUACUUGGAUUUGCCCCUAAUUCAGGAGGAAAAAAUCCUGGAAGAAUAUCUCAACCUGCUGCAGCAGUGAUAUGCAUUCGCCUUUACCUUGUUAUACACCACUAAAUAUAUAGAAAAACGAAAACCGGUUGUGGA